AUGUUCUACUGGUACGACUAUUUUUUGGUUUUCUUUGUACUCAUCACAAGCGUGUUGAUUGGUAUUUAUUUUGGUUGUUUCGGUACUAAACAGUCAACAUUUAAAGAAUACCUUUGCGGAGGAAAACAAAUGAAAAUUGUUCCAAUAGCUCUAUCGGUAACAGUCAGUCACUUUUCUGGUAUUACCCUAAUUGCAGUUCCAGCAGAUGUUUACAAGUAUGGAGCAUUCUAUGGAUUAACAUGCUUGUCUGCUGUUCUUUUGGUUAUUGCUUCAAUGUAUGUUUAUUAUCCUGUAUUGUUUAAACGCGACUAUAGUAGUAUUUAUGAAUACUUGGAAGUAAGGUUUAAUCGUAAAAUCAGAUUGUUUAGUUCUUUUUUGUACAUUUUGUACGAAAAUCUUUUACUUCCUGUAAUCGUUUACACUCCAGCAUUAGCACUGUCAGUUGGAAUUAAUGUACAGUUGAUAGUCUUGUUAAUAUGUGGUACAUGCGUGUUUUAUACAGCUGUUGGAGGUUUACGAACAUUUUUGGCGAAGGAAUUAACUCAGCGGGAGGUAUUUCAUCAGUUUGGAAUAAAUCAGUAUCCGGAAAACGACUUGAUAUUUUUGAGUACUAUUUUCUUACAAUGA